CGGCCAACCGACGGCCACUCGCCCUCCUCCCCGGUGAAUUUCUCGUGACUCUGCUUUGUACUCUGCUCUGUGUACAUAAUCCUUUCUCUCUCUCGUCUUUGCUGGCACAUUCAGCCUUCCAGAACUCUUAUCAUGUCUUUCUCCCUGCCGAUACGUCCAACAACCCGCCAUGCCAGCCGGCUGGCACAGGUCAAGAUCCGCUCCGGCCGGUUCUACAGCACCGAAUCCGACCUUAAAACCGCCCUGAAAUCCGUCAUUCCCGAGAAGCGCGAGCUCUUCAAGCAGGUCAAAGCCCGCAGCGACGAUGUGGUCGGCGAAGUCAAGGUGGGCAACAUUAUCGGCGGCAUGCGCGGCCUGAAGUCCAUGCUUUGGGAGGGAUCCGUUCUCGACCCCGAGGAGGGUAUCCGUUUCCACGGCAAGACCAUCAAGGAUUGCCAGCGUGAACUGCCCAAGGGGACCACGGGAACUGAAAUGCUCCCCGAGGCCAUGUUCUGGCUGCUCCUGACCGGCCAGGUUCCCACCACCAGUCAGGUGCGCGCAUUCUCUCGCGAGCUUGCCGAGAAAUCGCAUCUCCCCGACCACAUCCUGGGCCUGAUCAAGUCAUUCCCCAAGGACAUGCACCCAAUGACGCAGCUGUCGGUGGCGGUUGCAGCACUGAACACGGAGUCGACCUUCGCCAAGGCGUACGAGCGCGGCCUGAACAAGGCAGACUACUGGGAGCCCACAUUCGACGACAGCAUUUCCCUGCUGGCUAAGAUUCCACGUGUGGCUGCAUUGGUGUUCAGACCGAACGAGAUCGACCAGGUCGGCACACAGGCUCUCGACGCGACACAGGACUGGUCGCACAACUUUGCCGAACUGCUUGGCAAGGGUGGAGCCGAGCAUAGCGACUUCCACGACCUGCUGCGAUUGUACCUGGCGCUGCACGGCGACCAUGAGGGCGGCAACGUCUCAGCACACGCGACGCAUCUGGUGGGCAGUGCCCUCAGCGACCCGUUCCUCAGCUACAGCGCAGGACUGCUGGGUCUGGCCGGCCCGCUGCACGGACUGGCGGCGCAGGAGGUACUGCGGUGGAUUUUGGCGAUGCAGGAGAAGAUUGGCACUCAGGUGACGGACGAGUCGGUGCGCACGUACCUCUGGGACACGUUGAAGUCGGGACGUGUGGUGCCGGGCUACGGACACGGCGUGCUGCGCAAGCCGGACCCGCGAUUCGAGGCAUUGAUGGACUUUGCGGCGACACGGGCAGACGUGCAGGCGAACCCGGUGUUCCAACUGGUGAAGAAGAACUCGGAGAUUGCGCCAGAGGUGCUGACGCAGCAUGGCAAGACGAAGAACCCCCAUCCCAACGUGGACGCCGCCUCUGGCGUGCUGUUCUACCACUAUGGCUUCCAGCAGCCGCUGUACUACACGGUAACCUUCGGCGUGAGUCGUGCCCUGGGACCCUUGGUGCAGUUGAUUUGGGACCGGGCCUUGGGACUGCCGAUCGAGCGACCGAAGAGUAUCAACCUGAAGGGACUGGUUGGCAAGUGAGUUGGUAUAUUGACUGUUGUAUCUAGCCUGAAGUAAGCAAGCAUCAUUUAGAAGUCAUAUCUCGUU